AUGACGUACUAUGGCUUCUCUGACUUGAAAGAGUCAGGCGGGCCCCGAAAGAGAUUUAGAACACCCUUGAAAAGUUACUUUUAUUUCGGAAUAUUACUUGCGUCAAUUAUUUGGGGUUCAUCAUUCUUAUUAUAUGCUAUUGAUAACUUUAAGACAAGUGUACAUUUACAAUCUAUAUUAGAUAAUUAUGCAAGUCCAUCUAAGAAAUCUACUGAUUUUGGUGGGAAGAUACCUUUAUCUAAACAAGUAUAUAACGAACAUAUUUUAACGCCAAUUACAAAAGAUAUUCAAUGGAUUAGAGAACCGCAAUCGAUUCAUAAUGAUCAAGGAACAUAUGUUAUCAAGCAAGAUGUGGAAGGUAAAGGAUUUCAAGUGGUUGUUAAAUCAAUGGUGGAUGAGAAUUAUGAAUAUACAUUGAUUGAAGAAUCUACUUUUGAAUUUGAAAAUAUAAAAUAUCAUAUUGAUGAUUUUAUAGCGUCUCCAGAUUUACAAAAAGUCGUGGUAAAGACGAAUAUAACUCAUAGUUGGAGACAUUCAACUUUUGCAUUCUAUUGGAUAAUGGAUAUCAAAUCUAAGAAGAUCCAACCGGUUUAUAAUUCUACCAAUAAAGUAUCUACUGUUUCAUGGUCGCCUGAUUCAAAUAAUAUUGCGUUUAUUUAUGAGAAUAACAUAUACCUUAAAGAUAUUGAACAAGAUAAAAUCACUCAAAUAACCUCAGAUGGAUCUCGUCAAAUUUUUAAUGGAAAGCCUGAUUGGGUCUAUGAAGAAGAAGUAUUUGCCAGUGAUAUUGUCUUAUGGUGGUCUCCAAAUGGGAAGAAAUUUGCAUUCUUACGUUCAGAUAAUACUGCCGUUCCUGAAUAUUUAAUUCCAUUCUAUGCACAACCAGGAUUUGAACAAUAUCCAGAAUUAGUCAAUAUCAAAUAUCCAAAAGCAGGAUUUCCUAAUCCUAAAGUAGAUAUCUUGACUUAUGAUAUUUCCAAACAACAAUUAUCCAAUCAUGAAUUAAAAUCAACCGAAAUCUCACCUAAAGACCGUCUAAUCACAGAAGUUGUAUGGGUUGGUGAUUCAGUAUUAGUGAAAACCUCAAAUCGUGCCAGUGAUUUAUUGGAAAUUUACUUAAUCGAUCAAGAUAAUGUCGAUUUAAUUCGUUCUUUACAUGCGGAUAAAUCCUGGUUUGAAAUCACUUCACACACAAUAUAUAUCCCUAAAAAUAAAACCAUGGGACGUAAGUAUCACGGAUAUAUCGAUACUGUGGUUGAAGAUGGAUAUAACCACUUGGCAUAUUUCGCGCCUCCAGAAAACCCCAAGGGACAAUUAUUAACAAAGGGGAAAUGGGAAGUUGUCGGAGGUGUUGAGGCAUUUGAUCAUAAUACCAACCAGGUUUAUUUUACAAGCACUAUGAAAUCCUCAAUUGAAAGACAUGUCCAUGCGGUAGAUUUGUUAGAUAGGACGAAUGAUGGAAUACCGUAUGUCAAAGAUAUAACCACUAAAGAAGGAUGGUAUGAAUGUUCAUUUUCUUCAGGUGCUAGGUUCUUGUAUUUAAGUGAUAAAGGACCGGGAAUUCCUUCUCAAAGAAUCAAUGAUUUGAAAAUGCAAAUGAAUGUAACUACAAUUGAAGAUAAUUAUGAAUUAAAGAAAAGAUUACAAAAAUAUUCAAUUCCUGAAAUUAGAUAUGAAACGGUUGAAUUAGAAGAUGAAAAUGGUGAGGCAUUCUUAAUUAAUGCUAUGGAAACUUUACCAUUGAAUUUCGACCGUAAGAAGAAAUAUCCUGUUUUGUUUUAUAUUUACGGAGGACCAGGUUCGCAGCAAGUUACCAAAAGGUGGGCAAUUUCUUUCAGUUCAUUAGUUGCUGCCGAAUUAGAUGCCGUCGUUGUAACUGUCGAUGGUAGAGGUACUGGAUUCAACAACCUUAAUUAUAAAAUGGGAUCAAAUUUCAAAUUUAUAGUUCGUGACAAACUUGGUCAAUAUGAACCACUUGAUGUCAUAGCGGCUGGACGAAAUUGGUCAAAAAGAUCAUAUGUUGAUCCAAAGAGAAUUGCAGUUUGGGGAUGGUCAUAUGGUGGAUAUUUAACUUUAAAAACGCUUGAAACAGACACUAACGACUCUGUGUUUUCAUACGGAGUUUCAAUUGCUCCGGUUACAGAUUGGAAAUUGUAUGAUUCCAUAUAUACAGAAAGAUAUUUACGUACUCCACAAGACAAUCCAGAUGGAUACCAAAUUGGGUCCAUUCAUAAUGUAUCUAAUUUCUCUCAUGUCAAGAGAUUCUUUAUUGGACAUGGGACAGGAGAUGAUAAUGUUCAUAUUCAACAUUCAUAUCAAUUACUUGAUAAAUUUAAUCUUGCUGAAAUUGAAAAUUUUGAAUUUAUGGCAUUCCCUGAUAGUAAUCAUGGUAUGAAUUAUCAUAAUGGUAAUAAAGUUGUUUAUGAUAGAAUACUUGAUUUCUUGAAAAGAGCAUUUGAUUGGAAAUUUAUAUAA